AUGUCGCGCCCAAUCAAACAGGGCGUAAAUCCAUGUCAGGAGUUUUAUCCCCUCUUUGGCCAUGUUCUGGCUGAAAGCUGUGCACCUAAGUCUGUAACCAGAGGGAGCAUUAUGACCUCAGAAAAAUUCCAAGCAGAAGUUCAACAAGCCACUAUUUUGGCAACUGGCUCUAAAGGCAAGGAUGGAGACCCUUGUCCUCUUAGCGUAAAAGUUCUCCUACCUGAGUACGUUGGAACAAAGGACAACAAGGACUAUUUCAUAUUUAGAGAUGGUGAUAUGCUUGGAAAAUGCAAAAACUGA